UGCAGAGCAGGUGGUCAAGAGGACUGGAACUGAGAACAGCAGGGGUAGAAGAUCUUGUUUCGUCAUUUAAGUAAUACAAUAAAGAAAGAACUGUGAACUUAUGCAUAAUGGAGUCAGUCAUAAAAAUGAAUCAAGGAGAUACUAAAUGGGACAUACGCCAUAAAGUAUGGAAUUACAUUGAAGUGAAAAACCUGGCCAGUUUUCCUCGACCUGUGCACAACAGAAUUCCCAAUUUCAAGGGUGCACUGAAGGCAUGUGGAAAGGUGCCACUGCUAGACAUCUUCACCAAAGCGGCUGUGGUCAAAGUAGCUCCUGAUAAACCACUAGAGGGGGUUAGACUAGCUUCUUUGCAGGCCAGAAAAACAUUGCUUGUUCCAACCCCUCGGCUAAAAACUGGAUUAUUUAAUAGGAUAGCUACACCAAAAGGUGCAACCAAAAAAGAACUUCAUGUUUGUUCUACGUCUCAGGGUGUUAAAGAGAUGAGUGUCCCAGUCGGUUUAGAUGACAAAGUUCAGGUGGAUCUUGUCGUAGUUGGAUCAGUGGCUGUAUCUAGUAAAGGCUACAGAAUUGGAAAAGGUGAAGGUUUUGCAGACCUGGAAUAUGCUAUGAUGGCAUGCAUGGGAGCUGUUUGCGAAUCCACUGUGGUAGUCACUAUUGUUCAUGAUUGCCAGGUUGUGGACAUUCCUGAGGAGCUCAUUGAAAGUCAUGACCUCACAGUUGACUUUAUUCUAACACCAACAAGAAUCAUCAAAACUGAAUGCACACACCCCAAACCACAAGGCAUCAUUUGGUCAAAGUUACAUACAGAAAUACUGAAGAAAAUACCAAUUCUGAAGAAACUAAGAACACUGGAGCAGGAAGCUGGGAAAGAUGUUGCUUUAAAGACAACACUGGAUGAAGAAGAUCAAACUAAGAAAUCCAAAGAGCUUAAAUGGCAGCCUAAUUGUCAUCCAAAUGCUGAGCUAUAAUUUGAAUAUUUAGCUUCUAAAGAUAACAGGUGUGCUGGAUUUGAGUGCAAAUUUCCUAAAAGUUCUGUCACCACUAUGUCCCUGAGUAACAUUCCAACUGGGUUAAGUGUGAGUUGAGCUGAGUGAGUGUGCUUGGUCAGAGAACAGGAAGCUGUUCCUCUGAGAAUCAGCUGGAAGGGGACAAAGCCCAGAGCGUUCCUGCUAUUCUUUGAUGACACAGUUGCAGAGCAUGAUCUCACCACUUCUCAAAAGCUCUCCAUUAAUGGCCACACCCUACACAAUGAAUGUGUCAACAGUAUACCAAAGAGAGAAUACCAAACAGGCUGGUAAAAGGCUCCAUGCUCCUAUAGAGGAGAAUGUAUUUAAUCCAGCAUUCUCAUCUGUACACCAUU